AUGGCUUAGGUUGGAAGAGACCUUAAAGAUCAUCUAGUUCACCACUUCACAGGGUGAAGUCCCUCAAAGAUAAGGGGUUCUUGACCAUCAUAGUCUCUCAGUGACAGUCUGGUGGACUCAGUACCCCAGGCGAGGGCUAUUUUGUGUUGUCUCCCCAUCACACACACAGCAUGCUGCCAUUGACAUAGCUACCUCCCUACCAAGAGCUCUCAAAGAUAAGAGCUGAGGGAUUUCCACCCCACACCCGCCAAAGGUAUCCUUUUUUCGCCUGCUUUGGCAGAAUCAGAGCUCAUGUGUGGUGCAGAUAAGCCUCCAAUAUGAAUCGCCUUUCUAAAGGUAACGUUGUAUUUGUGCUUUCAGGUACAAUUCCCACUGACAUGGAGCUCAUGUCAUCCAUGAUGCAAAAAAUCAGUCUGUUGGAACAAAAAAUAGAUAAACAAGUGCAAGAAAUCCAACUGAAGGACAGGAAGAUUGCGGAGCUUGAGGAGAAGAUGAAGACUCUUCAGAAAGGAGAAGCUGCUCCUGACUCAUCCACAGCAGAGGAUCUGGAAAGGAGGUGCCUUCAGCUGCAGACUCAGGUCUGGGAGAUGGAGCAGUUUCUAAAUGACUAUGGUCUGAUCUGGGUUGGAGACAGACACGAAGAGCUGGAAGAGUCGCUGAGAGAUGACGAACUGCUGGCAAAGAGGUUCUGGAAGGCAGGUGAGGCAGUUGUUUCCAAACACCAGGUUGAUUUUGAUUUAAUCUUGGAAAACAUGAAGGGUUUGAACAUGCUGGCUGGAGAUGGCGUCUCUCAUGUGCAGCACACACCAGGAGGAGCUCGGCUGAGGCAGCCAGAACCCCUCCCUCUGACCCUGUAUCAGAAUGGGAUCGUCAUGCUGGAAGGAGCCUUUCGCUCCUAUGAGGAACAGUCUGCUCAGCAAUGCCUGCAGGACAUUAUGGAUGGUUAUUUCCCUUCAGAGUUGCAGGCACACUACCCAGAUGGUGUCCCUCUGCAGGUCACUGACAAAAGAGAUGUGGUAUUUCGGGAGACAGACCUUCCUGGGAGCUUUCCUGGCCACGGCCGAGUUGUUGGCCAUUCAAAACUAAGCAAGGUGGAGGAGCCCACUGAGAUCCCUGGUCCCAAACCCUCUCUGGAGCAGUCUUGGAACAAGUAUUCUAAGUCAUCACUGUGCAGUGAAGCAGUGGCCACCCAAGACACAGUCGGAGCAGUGCAGCAGGGCUCUGAUGGGGUGCGGAGCAGCAAAGAGAUCGUGGUGGGGACACCCAGGCUGCCUGCCCUGCAGAGCUUAGAGAGAGCUGAAGAGCCUGGAACUUCUGCCCCUGAAGUCUGCACUCUUCGCAUCAAAUCUGAGAGCGGGGAGCAGACGUAUGUCAUAAAGAUGCUGUUCUCAGAGACAAUAGGGGACCUGCGCCAACACCUUGCCCACGCCAGGGGUGGAGAUUCCGACUCAUAUGAGAUCAUCAGCACCUUUCCCCAGAGGCUGUACGCGGACAACUCCAGGAGCCUGCAGAAAUGUGGGCUGAUCCCCAGUGCCUCCUUGCUGCUGCGGAGAAGAGACCCCUUCCCACCAGAGGGGACGGGUCUGCAAACAGCCUAGCGGCUCCUCUGCAGGAGGAAAGAGCUAUCUUGCACUGUUAGCUGAAUUACAACAUCCUCCUGGCUGGAAGAGAGCAGAGUUGUCUUUCCAGAUCUAGUUUCAUUGUGCCGUUACCUGGGAUGGAGAGCAGGGCUCCUUCUCCCUUUAGCAGAGUGCCGCAUGCCAGCUCGUGUUCUGCUGCCCCCCGGGUGGAUGGUUGCUCUUCCCCAGAUCAGGUGGACUGCUGUCACAGGGAUUUCUGUUAGCUCAAGGCAGAGGCCUGGUUUCUCACCUCUGCUGGAGGUUAUAUUGCCUGAUCUCUGCUCAGGGAAGGCUGCCAGCUUUGCACUGGUACCAGGGCAGUUGCUUAGCCGGACUCAGGGAUUCUCUACAGCAGCAGAUAUCUGGGCAGGGCAGACAAACAGCAAGGGGUCAAUCUCCUUUCCACAGAGUUGCUGCCCGGAGAUUUCAACUGUAUGUAUAGCAGAAGUAAAGCAGGCUCAAUGACACAGUCUUGAGCAAUGGCCUUGGGCCGUUGCAGUACUGGGACUGAGCCAGCCUCCUUCCAGCCAGGAGAUCCUGCUGCUGGGUUUCCUGGAUGUGAGCAGCUCCUUUCCUUGGACAGCCCCCAGCUGCAGAGGGGCCGAGGCUCACAGCCACACGGAGCCAAGCCUGCUGUGGCUUCAGGCUGCUGCCUUCCUCCAUCCCAGCCCGCCACUCUGCUGCAACAGGACACCGUGUCAUUGGAGAAGAGCAUAAUCCCUUUGCUUCUUCUCUGCUGAACCCUGAGAGUAAAGCAUCUUCCCCUCCUUUAGGCUGGGGCAACGCUCUGCAGGCCCCUUUCUGUGCACAUUCUUCCCAUUUCAGCUCUGACAAGUUCCCACUUGACUCCCAGCUGAUAACACUCCCACAUGUGCAAGGCAGCGCCUUCUGGCAGCUUCCCUUUUAGCAGAAGCCCAACACGUGCCAUCACCCAGCCCUCUUUAAAGGCUCUUGGUAAAAACAUUUAUUUGGUUGCAAUUUCCACUUUCAUUAAGUUUCAAAGCAGCAGCGAGACGCAGAAAUAGGGCAGGGUAGUCUGAGCACUUCCUGGGGCAGCUCUGCUUUCCCAGUCCCCUCUGACCAGAGCUGAGCCACGCACAGCUCACACAGGAAGCACCACAAGCUCGGGCCAGCUGCCUCCACAGCCUCCCUGCAAUCGGUGACUCAAUGCCUGCAGCUGUCUGCUGGUUUCCUCCCUUUUCACAUACACUCUUGUAUUUGCUUUAACAGCCCCCUCCUACAGGGCACUGCCCUUUUGCAUAGAGCUGGUCUGUAACCAACCAGGUAAUUCCAGUUCUGUAUUUUGCCCCUGGGUCUGGCUGCCGCUGUCCUUUCCCCAGGCUGUUCUUACCACGCAUGGGCUGCUUAAGAGAGGAACCUGCCACUGCUGCUCUGCUGGAUACUGAGACAAGUCCCAGGAGCCCUUCAUUAGCAGCAGUGGUCUGAGGCAUUCCGAUCUUUGUGUCAGGC